UUGGUUCUUCCGAUUUGUUUCGAUAACUUCCACUGGUGCAUGGUACUGGUCGACCGACGCUGCAGAACGAUUUAUCAGUUUGAUCCUCUCCACCUGCAGUACUACUACGAUCGACUUGAUCAAAUUUGCCGAUCGUACUUAAAAGUGGGCCUUAGAAGCGAGUAUGAUUCGUACAAACAAGAGCGAAUUAUUGACCUGCACCAGACCGACGACUACAAUUGCGGAAUUUUCAUUGUUCUGUUCGCAAUGAAGCACAUCAAGCAAAUACCCAUUCCGACCACUACAAAUGCAAAUUUGAAUUCGCUCCGACCAACACUCUUCAUGGAAGUGCUCCGCUCGUCUCACCCU